ACGUAAACAAGGCCCAACAACGUCAUGAACACUUUGAGAAACUGCCCGAAGCGUUUGCUAGUGCGAUCGCCUCGUACUAUUGGAGCCGUCACCAGAUUCAAUCACACUCAACAACCUGCGUCAAAAUCACCCGAAACAACGCAUUUCGGAUAUCGGACAAUUAGGACUGAAGAGAAGGAGUCUUUGGGUAGUGUCCAAUGCCAUCCAUUUUGGCAGGCACAGGCGUGAUGUUCCCACUAACAUUUGCAUAUGUAGUUCGCGAUAUCUUCACCUCUGUUUCGAGCUCGUAUGACUUGAUGAAUGAUGCUAUGUCUUUGGGAGUGCAUCGUCUGUGGAAAGAUGACUUCAUUUCGCUCCUCGACCCGGGUUCAGGCGGGCCGAUUGAAGUCCUUGACAUGGCGGGAGGUACUGGGGACAUCUCACUAAGGAUCCUCGAUCAUGCCCGGACAAAAUAUUAUGACCGGGAGACACAUGUCAACAUCUGCGACAUCAACCCCGACAUGCUGGAGCAGGGCCGUCGCCGCUUCAAGCAAACGAUGUAUCACAACACCCCCCAGGUCUCAUUCCAAGUAGCAAAUGCCCAGGCUCUGCCCAAGGACCAUUUCCCGAACAAUUCUGUAGACCUUUACACCAUUGCCUUUGGGAUCAGGAACUGCACUUCCAUACGUGACGUGCUCAGUGAAGCACACCGGGUACUAAAGCCCGGCGGCGUCUUCGCAUGUCUAGAGUUCGGGAAGGUGGAGAACCCAUUACUCGCAUCUGCCUACGAGCAAUAUUCAUUCUCAAUCAUCCCACUGCUUGGAUCAAUUCUCGCGUCAGAUCGCGAUUCGUAUCAGUAUCUUGUCGAAUCAAUCAGGCGAUUCCCGCCGCAAGAUGAGUUUGCACGGAUGAUUCGAGAUGCGGGGUUUCACAUUGGGCCAGAGCGAGAGGGUGGUGCUUGGAGGGAUUUAUGGAUGGGUAUUGCGAGUAUCCAUACCGGGGUGAAGCUGUGAUUUCAGGCCCUCCUUGCGGUUUCGUCGCUUUGGGACACGCUUCGUUAGCCUUGUGCAUCUGUGUGCACGAAAGAAUUUGAGUGGCAUUGAGUUUUAAAUUUACUUCGCCAAUGUCAAACAUUAAAGGGGGUUUGAUAUUUCGCGGCUUAGGAUUCGUGCUUGUACAGACAUUAGAAAGACCCUCGGACAGGCAUUAAUUUCCACUGUCUGACGCAGUCACCAAUUGAUAGAAGCAAUGAC